AGCGCAGGGCUGGAUCAACGGGGUGGAUCAACCGAACUGUCCCCACCUUGCAUCGCUCUUCGGCAUCAGUCGAUAAUACCAGGUAGUGUAGUAUACUGUGUAGACGGAUAGUUAUGGGUUCCCACUCAUCUCGCUCUCUUCUGUUACGCCGUGCCUGAUCGCGGGGAAAGCAUACCGCGUCGAAUGUGCCUCGUUAUCCAGAGGACCCUUAAAGGAUUCCCGGCCCCUUCGCUGCCCUCCUUCAGCACUGUUCUACAAAGAACCCAGACUUCAACUUAACGAUCUGCUUGCUUGAGCCUCGGCGAACUGUUUUGGGCGCCCACGUCUACCGACCGCAGUCAUGGUAUCAUCAGCCGCUCCCUCGUCAACCGAUGCUAAUGGCACACAUUUCGUGAGCACCCUGCCAGGACCAAACCACAGCUGGCAGGUCACUCUCUCUGGCAAGGUUAUUGCGAUCACCGGCGCCAACCAGGGCAUCGGCCUGGGCCUCGCAGAGGUCUGCUUGGCGAACAACGCAGCACACGUCUACUCCCUCGACAUCUCAGAACCCGGCGAGCCGUUCCGGGAGCUCGCGUCAAAGAACGCGGACAGGCUCUCCUACAUCAAGACCGAUGUCACAUCAGAAGAGUCAGUCGCCGCGGCACUGGACAAGAUCGUGUCCGAGCAGGGCCGGCUGGACGGCAUGGUGGCCAACGCGGGCGCCACCAAGCACCAGCCGGCGCUGGACUUCACGCUGGACCAGGUCAAGCGCCUGUUCGAGCUCAACGUCUUCGGCGCCUGGAUCUGCGCCACGGCCGCGGCGCGCGUCUUCAUCAGGCUGGGCAUCAAGGGCGCCAUCGUGCUGACCGCGUCCAUGACGUCGUACCGCCCCAACCGCGCGGCGCCCAGCGCCCCCUACGGCGGCACCAAGGCGGCCGUGCGCAACAUGACGCACACGCUGGCCAUGGAGUGGGCCCAGUACGGCAUCCGCGUCAACAGCGUCAGCCCCGGCUUCGUCAAGACCGCCCUCACCUACUACGUCGAGACCAGCCCCGACUGGGACACCAAGAUGAAGUACUACGGCGGCAUGCCGAGGCUCGCGCUGCCCCAGGAACUGGGCGGCGCGUAUGUGUACCUGCUCAGUGACACGGCGACGUACACAACCGGCAUUGACAUUCCCAUUGCCGGCGUCGUUGGUGCGUGGUAGAAAGGGGGGCUUGGUCUCGGAGUAGGUUUGGCUUUGGCGCACAACCCGGCAACAAGGGUAUGCGAACGGAUGCGCAGGACCUCCGGGUAUGAAAUGUAUAUACAUUAGAGCGUUCUCCCUAGAAUCCGAUCUUGUCUCGUCAUGCGUCUUUCCUGACACUCGCCGGGCCGUUCUUCGGGAACAUGUAAAUAAUUACGACCCGCACCAGUAAUUGAAGUUGAGCAAUACUGGGGCUCUUGCUCACAUUUAUGCUAAGAUCAAG